AGAUGAGAAAACUGAAGCUCAGAGAAGCUAACUGACUUUCUCAAGUUCACAACAGAUAAUUAAGAGGUCUCUAGACAAACUUUAUAACUUUGCUGAUUGUUCUGGACUCCACCUGAUAUUUGCUCUAAAUGCACUGCGUCGUAAUCCAAAUAACUCCUGGAACAGUUCUAGUGCCCUGAGUCUGUUGAAGUACAGUGCCAGCAAAAAGUACAACAUAUCUUGGGAACUGGGUAAUGAGCCAAAUAACUAUCGAACCAUGCAUGGCCGGGCAGUAAAUGGCAGCCAGUUGGGAAAGGAUUACAUCCAGCUGAAGAGCCUGUUGCAGCCCAUCCGGAUUUACUCCAGAGCCAGCUUGUAUGGCCCUAAUAUUGGGCGGCCCAGGAAGAACGUCAUCGCCCUCCUAGAUGGAUUCAUGAAGGUGGCAGGAAGCACAGUGGAUGCAGUUACCUGGCAACAUUGCUACAUUGAUGGCCGGGUGGUCAAGGUGAUGGACUUCCUGAAAACUCGCCUGUUAGACACACUCUCUGACCAGAUUAGGAAAAUUCAGAAAGUGGUUAAUACAUACACCCCAGGAAAGAAGAUUUGGCUUGAAGGUGUGGUGACCACCUCAGCUGGAGGCACAAACAAUCUAUCAGAUUCCUAUGCUGCAGGAUUCUUAUGGUUGAACACUUUAGGAAUGCUGGCCAAUCAGGGUAUUGACGUUGUGAUACGACACUCAUUUUUUGACCAUGGAUACAAUCACCUUGUGGACCAGAAUUUCAACCCAUUACCAGACUACUGGCUCUCUCUCCUUUACAAGCGCCUGAUUGGCCCCAAGGUCUUGGCUGUGCAUGUGGCUGGGCUCCAACGGAAGCCACGGCCAGGCCGAGUGAUCCGGGACAAACUAAGGAUUUAUGCUCACUGCACAAACCACCACAACCACAACUAUGUUCGAGGGUCCAUUACACUUUUUAUCAUCAACCUGCACCGAUCAAGAAAGAAAAUCAAACUGGCUGGGACCCUCAGGGACAAGCUCGUGCACCAGUAUCUACUGCAGCCCUAUGGACAGGAGGGCCUGAAGUCCAAGUCAGUGCAGCUGAACGGCCAGCCCUUAGUGAUGGUGGAUGAUGGGACCCUCCCAGAACUGAAGCCCCGCCCCCUGCGGGCCGGCCGGACAUUGGUCAUCCCUCCAGUCACCAUGGGCUUUUAUGUGGUCAAGAAUGUCAACGCUUUGGCCUGCCGCUACCGAUAAACCACCCUCACAGUCACAAGCUACCAGCAGGCCUGCUGAACUGCUUUCCACUCUCCUGCCCUAAUAGUGUCCUUAUUUUUCAGACAUCUUCUUAGCAACAAAACAGUCUCUGCUGCCCAAUCCUGCUGGAAUCAGCACAGACUUGCUCUGCAAAGAGACAAAUGCCGUAGCAUGAGCUUAGCCUAGGUAGGCCACAUCCACCCCGAAGGAAAAUGUAGACAUCACCCGUACCUGUGUAAGGAGGAAGGUUUGUGUGUAGACCUGUAUGUAUCCACGUACACGUACCACGAAAACAAGCUGACGGCACGCUCCCAGGACCAAGGAAACAACUCUCCAUGAUCCUGGUCACAUAGCAAUAGAACUAUGGCUCUGAGCCUUUGAUGGCUGCCCUCCGCAGAAGAUGAGGAAAGAAAUAACCAGGUGGGCCUGAAAGAGCCCAGCCCUCUCCCAACUCCUUUCCUUGGCUGUUCCCUUCUGUUGCCCUGGGUUUCCUACCACCUCUCUUCCCACAGGGGAACAAGUGGGUGGGUCAGCGCCGGCCUGCUGGGCGAGCUGUUUAUGUCAUUUCCUGGCUGAUGUAUGAGUGUGCGCAUCUGGGCUUCUGACAGUGGCAUCCAUCACUCGCUAUUCCUCUGGGAAACGGGUGCUCCCAAAGUAAAAUUGCAAUCAUGCUCCAGAUUUUGUAAAAGGGUUCUACUCCUCUGUGAAUCCAGAUUCCCCUUGGGUCGGAAUGGGAGUCAGGUAACAAUAUUCAUGGAGUGGAGAGCAAUGUAUUAGGCACCACAAAAAGCAAUCAUCAUCCGUCAUGUGUCUGGGAGGGAGAGAGUUUUAGUACGAAGAGAAAGCACGCUGAACCACCAUAGACACAUGCACACAUGCACGCACACCCCAACUGAACAAGCAAGUAAUUAGACCUGCAUCAAAUCUGAGAGAAUCUUAAGAGCUUGUAGAGCAAGCCAUUCAUGGUUUGUUUGACCAAAACCAUAAAAAACUGUAUAAAUCAAAAGUCAUUGGAUCUAACCUUUCUGCCUCUUCCUAAGUAGCUGUGUGCCUCUCAAUGGCAUUUACUGGGCAGAAAUCUAAUCUGGUCAUGAAAGAUGACCAGGUCUGUGCUAUCCCGGACUAGCCAGUGUGAGCACAGAACAAAGUUUUUGGCUCACCACCUGGGGCAAGGGGGAAUCUGGAGGUGGAGAUCUGGUGGGGAACUGUGGGGUGGUGGGUGGGAAGCCCCUGGGUUGGGGAGGGGGAAUCAGACUGAUUUAAAGUUCAUGAUAAAGACCUUCUGUAUGAUUCAAGGGGUAAGACUCAAAUAAGCUGCCACUGAAAUGACUGUCUUUUUGCGGGUUUGAUUUUCUUUCUCAGGAUAAAGGACAUGAAUGGCGCUUUUUCAAAGGAGGAGAUAUUUGACAAUGUCAGAGGGUUCCAAUUAAGAGAGCAGUCCAGUUUCUGCUGUUGAGAGAGGGUAGGAGAGGAGUGGAGGGUCAGGGUUGCUGAGGCCAGGGGCCAGGCGGAUGCCUAAGAUGCCCAAAGGGCCUAGGACAGGGCCAGGUCUGAGGUGAGACUUGGGAGGAAGAUUACACAAGGGAGGAAGUCUAGGAGACUCAGCUGGGAGAAGCGGGCAUUUGGGAGAGGGAAGCCCACGGGCGCAUUCUAUGCACAAGGCAGAGAGUGGACUCGGUUUUGAGGUGUUUGUCAGCAGGUGUGGAAGGACGACAACACAGGAGGUUGGUGCCACCGCCAGCACAAGGUGGGGGCCAAGGACUGGGCUGGACCUGGUCAGUGGGUGUGCUCUGCCUGGAAGCGACGGGGGCCUCCUCUUCUCGGGAAGCAGGCACCUUCUGCCGAAGGCUCAGCUCUGCGAGGGGAGGAGAGAGAAGUGCCAAGACCCGGGAUAGAAAGCAAGGAAAGCAGAGUCAGAGGACAGCCCAAGUGAGGAAGAGAGAGGAAAAGAGACAAAUAAGUUGUUACUCCAAGCUUUAAAAAAUGUGUGCAGAUAUCAAAACCUCUUCUAUGUGCCGUACAGGCAUAGCUGCAAGCCCUUGCUGAUGACGCAAGUGGCUGUCUCUGCAGGCCUGGGCCUGGGCUUGGCUAGUUUGCUUUACGAACAUAGUAGCCCCCUGAAGGAGUCACCAGUUUCACCCCCACCUUCCUGUGAGCACAGAGAGGUUCACAGCCUACCUGGGGCCACCCAGGGGAGUGGGUUGCUGAGCUCAGAAUAAUCCAGAGCCUGCUCAUUUAACCAGCAGGCCCAGGGGUUGCCCGCCUCACAGCCUCACUCCCUUACCUUUCCACAGGUCCUGCUAAUUCACUGCAGCAAACCUCCAGAGCUCUGUGCAAGCACACUCUGUGUAAAUAGUGCUGGUUCUUCACUAAGCUUCUAAGCUUGCAGAAUACAGGCAGUUUCUGCUUCUUUUAUCUUUCUCUGUGUAUUAAAUGCUCCCAAGAGGUUUAAGUUUUGUUUGUUGGGUUUUUUUGGGUUUUUUGGUUUUUUUUGUUUUUGUUUUUAUUUUUUUUU